UUCCAGCUCUCAGCAGAACAAUAAGAAAACAGUCUAGCUGAAAAUCUAGGAUUGCAAGAUUUCGAAAACGAGAUAUCAUUCAAAGUCAAGAGCGGAAAACCUUGUGCUUUCGCAAACGGCUUAAGGUAACAAACCUCCCCACUUUCGGCAGGUCAAAGAUACAUUAAGAAACCAAAAAUGUCAGAUGACCAAGAGAAGAUAAAGGGAAGAAAAGGAAAGAAGGCCCCAAACAAUAGGUCUGAAGGAGAAACAGAUACAAAGAGUUCCGUAAGUGAAAGUGGCCAUGCAAGUAGUAAACAGGAUAAACCACAAAAGAUUAAAUUUGAAUGUGAAGAUUGUAAGACUGAUUUUUCAAUAUACGAGGACCGCGAACAUAGAAAAAUUGCCCAGGAUGAUAGAGAGAAAGUACUUGGGAAUAAAGCGGAAUUUUGUGGGGCCUUCUACCACGUACCCAGAAGUCAUUCGUGCUGUUUAGACAAAAACAGUUGUGCCAUCGGCAAGGAAGGUUUUGAUGCUACUCCGCUAACAGCGGUCGCCAUGGUAAAAUUUGAGCAGAAACAAGACGGUGAAUUGGCCUUCAAAUCUGUCCGUCGCUACACAAACUGUUACGGUAGAAAGAUGCAUGCCGAGGACUUCUUCUAUUGGGAUAUUAAGGAAGCCUCAAGACAUAAGGGAGAAGCAGGGUUUCUGGAUUUGUGGAAUGGAGAAUGGCGAAUCACGAUGUACCUGACAAUGCAACCCUGUCAUUUGUCAACUGACACAGGAGGGACAAAACGAACCCAGAGCUGCUGUAAGAUAAUGAAAAAAGCAAAGAAGAAGCUUGGUGAGAAUGUGACAAUAGUGAUUAAGCCAACGCAUUUGUGCAAGGCGGGUUGGAAAAAAAAAAAUGUCGAAGAAUUGAAAGAGGAAAAAAAAAGGUUAAAGGAAAAGAAAGAACAGAUAAAGGAACGAGAUUUUAAUACAUGCAUUGAUAAUGCUGAAGAAGGCGUUAAAAUGCUAAUUGAGGCAGGCAUCGAACUGGAAUGCAUGAAAAUAGAUGAUUGGGACUUUCUGUUGCAAUUUAUCCAACACAGUAAAAGAGAGAGAGAGGGGACAACACUCCCUCGCUAUAAGAAAAGUAGAAGGGGCGAACUUGACAAGGAAAUCAGUGAAAAACUGAAAGAAAUUAUACAAGCCCAACCAGCCGAACAAGCCGAACAAGCCCAACCAGCCGAACAAGCGCAACCAGCCCAAACAGCCGAACAAGCCCAACCAGCCGAACAAGCCCAACCAGCCAAACAAGCCGAACAAGCCCAACCAGCCCAACCAGCCGAACAAGCGCAACCAGCCGAACAAGCCCAACCAGCCCAAGAGGAUCAAGUGGUUACGGAAAUGGCGGGUCUGAAAAUUCAAAAAUCUCAAUAAUAAGUAGGACUGUGAGAAAUAACAUUGGUUAGAAAAAUUGUCAGGUUUUUUUGUUACCCAAAAUAAAGGCUAUUGUAUCUAUGUA